GGGAAGGCGAGGCCGGGAGGCGGGAGGCCGGGCCGCCCCGGCAUGGCGGAGGUGGUGGAGUUCCGGGUGCCCACCGGCAGCGCCCAGACGCUGCUGGUCUGGGGGCUGGAGCCUGAGCCGGGCCUAGAGCAUUCCCUGUUUUCAGCAUUUUCCAAAUUUGGGCCGCUCUACUCGGUGCGAGCACACAGAAAUGCUGCUGUGGCAGGGCCAGGGUAUUACGCCGUCAUCAAAUUUUAUUCAGCUGGAGAUGCCAGCAGAGCCCAGGAGGCGUGCAACGGGCAAAGGCUGUUUCAGAAAUCUCCUUUGAAGGUUUGUGUUUGCACCAAGCAGAAAGGGUUUCAACAACAAGUUAUUGCUCUCAACAGCAACAAGUGCCAGGAGCUGGCCAACCACUACCUUGGCUUUAACGGCUGGUCCAGUCGCAUCAUCACACUGCAGAACGUAUCUGGCUUUGACGGUGAGAAUGAGGAACUGGGAAAGACAUUACAGAAGCGAUCCAUUAAAUAUCUGUGUGCUGUAGAAGUGACACUGCCCAACCAUGGGGUAUGCACCCGGGGAGUUGCCCUCGGCGAGGCAGACAUAGAAAACGGUGAAGAUCCUCUCGAGUUUGUCACAGCCUCAAGGAGAGUUCAGAAACUCGCGGUUGGGAAAGCUUUGUCUAGCGCCUUUCAGAAGAUACUCCUUGUAGUCUUAGAGAAUGGGAAAGUGGCCGUGGAGUACAAUUCCACCCAAGAGGAGCUCACAGACUCCUUCACAGAAGAGGAACUGAAGGGGCUUGUUCAGAUGGCACAGUGAAAAAGCAGGAAGGUGAGCAGCUAGUGUACAGGAUGGUUGCGGUGCAGCUUGACAAGUCUCACACAUGACCGUGUCCAGGACUGCUCUUCAUAGAAUCUGUGAGCAUGAAAAUCUCAGUAAGGUCACAGUAGGUUAAAUCAAAUUAUUUUUUAAUAAGUUCUUAAAUAAAUCAAACUUCCCAUCCAGAAAUGUACUUCAUAAACCUAUCCUGACCCACAGGGAAUGAUUGUUAAAAGGUUUGGUCAAAUAAAAGCUUUGGUGAAAUCCCUUCAGGUAAUUGUGGGAUCUAUUACCACGCAUCGAACAAAAAUACCCCAGGUACAACAGUAAAACUUCUGUCAUCGUGCUCAGUGAGAGGAUGAGCUCUGUGGGGCAGCCUUUGCACGCAGCUGGUCAUGAGCAGAGGGUUUUCAUCUCAUUUAGUUGGAAAACACUGCUACUUACCAGGGAAAAUCACUGAUACAACGGUGUUUUGAAAGCAAACAUCACCCUCACAUGAUGCAUCAGCACGGCGCUGCGCAGCGUCUAACUCCUGCAGUUUGCAUGGAGGAAGUGUCUAACGAACCUUGUGACAUGUUAUUCCACUUGAUCACACUGAGUCACCUAGCGUCCACCGGCAGAACUAGCUUCCUUUCUUACUGAGAGUAGCAGUAAAACAGGAGGUAUUUUGGUGUGUGAAGUAAGUAACGUCCACCAGAUGUUUUUUUUUUAUCAGCUAAGAAGAUGAAAUUUCUGCUGGUUUCUUCUUUCUCUGUGUUUUCCUCUGUGCUGCCCCUUCUGUCUGACUUCCUUUAAACCCGCAGAGAACUGACCUAAGAUGCAAUGACCACAGGAGAAGUGAGCAGCAAAGUCAAACAGAAAGCCUGCUGCUUCUCAAAUCUCUCUUUUACCAGCAGAGUUAUCCCUCACCUCCCCUGCCAUGUCACUUCCCUUGUGAUGGUGUGUGGGAGGUAAUUCGGCGCCCUCUCUGCAAGGCACCUUCCAGCCUGAUGGGAAGAGGAACAGGCAGGAAUUCGGAAGGACUUGCUUGGGGAGAGAGCUGCUGGGCGUCCUUUUGGUUCAUUGCCUUGUGAUGUCGUUCAGUCUUUCCAAAACAGAAAUGUUCCUGAGCUGGUGAAUUCCGGGGAGGCUGUCUCCAGUACAUGGUAAAAAUAGAUUGUUUCCAGGUGCAGAGGGAUGAAGCUAAAAUACAUUGUAGAGAAAGAAAUUUACUCUUGAUUUCUCUUCUCAGGUCAGUGAAUUUUCCUUGGAACAGUUUGACCUCGAAGAAGAAGAAGUUGUUUUCUCAGAUCUCAGCUUUGAUUAUGAGCUCCCUAGCCGGGAGAUGCCAUCUAAUUAGUACAGCUCUGUCUUUACCUCAUGUCCAAAAGUUCUGCAGUGUUUGGUUAGGAAUGAAAAUGUAACGCUCUGAAAUGACAUAUGUGUCAUAUCCAGUGUUUUCUUUCCCACCAAAUACAUAGCAGCAAAAGAAAUGGGCAAUAAACCUAGUGUUACUAAAAUUAAGCCCAAAAAUAUAUGCUGUUUUUAGAGAGGAAGUGUUUUCCUGUCAACUUAUUCAGGUCGGCUAUAUAUGGAAGCCAGCUUAGCUGCACGAUUAUCAUUUAGACAGUAUAACAGAUGUGCAUAGCACUUACAGAAGAAUAAAAGGAACAGGCCCUCCUUGCAAGAGCCUACAGUUCACGUUCGCUCUGCUCUGCAGGAGAAAGCCGGAGACGGCAGAAGGAGACAUCUUACCAGCAGGAGUAGCUGUGGUGCUUACACACAUCUGCACAGACACAGAAGAAAAUACUUCUCUUGGUGAAAUUUCUUUUAAAGAAAUAAGCCUGUCUCGUAAUAAUGUGUUGUGGCACAGGAGCCCCAUGGGUUGAGUGCCAGCUACAAGUAGUUGGGACAUUAUCGCGAUGUAAAGCAAAGAUUCUUUCUAAUUUCAAACAGGUUUUUCAUUAAAUUAUGUAAACUUU